AUGGAUCGCUUUGUCAAUAUCUUCCGUCACUUCCAGUCCAACUCGGAGUCAAUGAUGAACGGGAUUUGUGGAAUCCUGGCAUUGGCAAGUAUCUGGAUCUACAGCUCCUUCCAAUUUAUCUGCCCGUGUUUGCCCAUUUACAACACGGUCUAUGGGGUUGGGGUCAUGUUCUUGCCACCCAUCAUCCUCUUCCUCUGCGGUAUCAUUGUUAACAAGCACUCGUUCCUGAUGAUGGAGGAAUGGCAGCGCCCAGAGAGCAGGAGGGCCAAGGACACUUCGUUGCUGCACUACAUGUUCUUCGCUGUGGUCCAGAGAGCUGUCAUCGCUCCCAUCAUCUGGCUCAUUGUCGCUCUGCUGGACGGCAAGUGUGUUGUCUGUGCCUUCAGCACCUCAGUGGAUCCCAGUCGCUUUACCAACACGAGUGGCGAUCCUGGAGGAGACCUGCUAACCCUCCUGUCCAAGGUGCCCUGUAAGGACCUCAUACCUGACCACCUCCAACAUAACCAUGCCUUCCCCAGGAAAGCAGUACACAGGUACCUCCGCUCCAUCUCCCAGGGCCUGGGAUGGACCAUCCUCCUCUUGCUGAUCUUGGCUGCUUUCCUCGCCCGCUGCCUCAAGCCAUGUUCCAAACAUGUCACCUUCCUGCAGAGUAAGUACUGGAGUAACUACAUUGACAUUGAACAGACAAUCUUUGAAGAGACGUGCCAUGAGCACGCACAAGACUUUGCCCGUCACUGUGUCAGACACUUCUUCCGCAGUGUGCAGGUUGAGCUGGAGAUGUAUUGUCCAGGGGCGGCCGAGAGUGACCACCUGCAAGGCAUCACAAACAAGGAGCAACUUAAUAACCUCCUGAUGAAGUGGUUCAAUGCAAAACCUUCGCUGAAUAUCAGCCCCAUCAGCCAGCAGCAACGCACACCACCGCUGAGCACCAGCAAGCAGACUGUGCUGUAGUGGGGGGGAGGGGGAGGCCUAUGUCUCAAGCAUAUCCACUCUGCUCAUUUUCCUCAACAAAGUCAACUCCAGCCAUAAGAAAUGGUUGCCAGGCAACUGAACAUCAGUCACCCCUCCCUCCACUGACCUGUCGCUGCUAUCC